AUGUCUUACAGAAUCGCAGCUCCCGAUGAGUAUCUGGCCAUCACUGGUAUGGGCAUUAAAAAUGUCCAUAUCACCAAAACAGCUUGGGUACUUCCAUUCCAGAGGUGUAAGCGCUUCAGUGUUCAACCUCAUGACUAUGGUAUGAACCUCCAGGCUAUGACCAAGGAAAAGUUGCAGUUUCUCUUGCCUGUUGUCUUCACUAUCGGCCCGGAUGUCAAUGCUCGAGGUGCCAACUCAAAAGGGGCACCGAAGCAUGCAACAGCAUCCUCUGCCGGCAGCCAUCCCGCCAACUUGGCCGAUGAAGAGGACCGCGGGGAUGCCCUUAUGAAGUUUGCUAUGCUGUUGGCUGAUUCAGAUAACAACAAGAAGUCCGUCGACAAGCAUGGACUCGAACAGAUUGUCAAAGGUAUCAUCGAAGGUGAGACUCGUGUGCUGGUUUCAUCCAUGACCAUGGAGGAGAUCUUUACCGAGCGCGAAGAAUUCAAACGCCGAAUUUUCCGUAACAUUCAAGUGGAACUUGAUCAAUUUGGCCUCAAGAUUUACAACGCCAAUGUCAAGGAGCUGAAGGACGCGGUUGGCUCGACCUACUUCCAGUCGCUGUCACAGAAAGCACACGAGGGUGCCACCAACCAGGCUCGUAUUGAUGUUGCUGAUGCCCAGCUCAAGGGUAACGUUGGUGAGGCCGAACGGCACGGUAGACAGGAGCAGGAAAUUGCCAAGAUCAACGCCGAGACUGCCGUGAAGAAGACGGAACGAGAUGCUGAACGUGCACGUGCUGAGGCCAAGUUGAAGACCCAGGAGGCUGACCUGAACCGGGAUGUCGAACUUUCCCGGAUUGAGGCUGCCCGUGCUACACAAUCCAAAGAUGAGGACCUGAAGAAGCAAGUCGAAGUCAAGCGUGCCGCAGCCGAGCUUGAGCGCCUGAGAGCCACCGACUUGGUAAAGGCCCAGAUCAAACGAGAGUCUCAGCAGCAAGCUGCCGACGCCAAGGCAUACGAGAUCACUGUCGACGCCAAAGCCAACUUUGAAAAGACGACCCAAGCCACUGAUGCGGCGGCCUAUAGGACGAAGACGGACGCCGAGGCUUACUCACAAGCAGCAGUGAAGAAGGCCGAAGCCCGUCUCCAGGAGACGCUGAAGGAAGCCGAGGGUACGAUGGCGAUGGCCGAGGCUUAUGCCAGGAUGAGUCAAGCAUUCGGUGGACCGGCUGGUCUGCUACAGUUUAUGAUGAUCGAGAAGGGCACGUACGUCGAGCUCGCUCGCGCCAAUGCUGAGGCUAUCCGCGGCCUGCAGCCCAAGAUCAGCGUGUGGAACACUGGUGCUGCCGGGGAGGGCGCCGGGCAAGACAGCACCUCAACCAUGCGCAAUGUGUACCAGAUGCUGCCACCGCUCAUGACGACAAUCAAUGAGCAAACUGGCAUCACACUCCCUGAGUGGCAAUUUGGCCGCCUCGCUGGAGAGAUGAGCAGCGGCGCCGACAAGAACGUCAGUGCGCCCAAGACAAACGGCGUCCAUGGGAAGAGCGACUCCAACUAG